AUGCUUGAUAUCGUAUCCACCUUCUGCUUUUCUUUUCGUGGAUUUGCUGAAUUUUUGAUCUCACCAAUACUUUCUAAUCUUGUCUCUCUGACUCUCCUUUGUCCGAUUACACCUAUUGCACUUCUUGUUGCAAAUAAAUACCUCAAUUCCGAACUAUCGUUUGGCGAUCCUUUCCCAAAGGUGAUGGUAACUAUCAUGAGAGUUUGUGGACCAUCUGUUGCAGUUAUAAGUUUUCUGAUCUCAAGAUCAAAUUGCUGGUUUUAUUAUUACGGUUUUAAUCCACUACACUUGAAUAGUCAAGUCACAGUAGGACAUCCACCAGGCUGUCUUCAAAUAAUUUUAUCAGCUUUUGAAAAACCUCUGUUAUGCCCAGAAAUGGCUAAAGCAGAAGGACUUUGUCGAGUCAAGACACUUGGCUGUCUACCAUAG